AUGCAGCGGGACGAGGAGCAGGAGGCGCUGCUGAGCGAGGCGACGACGAGCGUGCGCCAGAGCGCCUUCUACAUGAAGCGGGCCAUGGACGCCGGCGCCAACGAUGCAGACAUUGCGCUCGUGCUAAAGCACGCGGCCGACUUUCUGCGCGAGCUGCGCACGUCGCUGCUGUCGCCCAAGAACUACUAUGAGCUGUACAUGCUCGUGGCCGACGAGCUACAUGCACUCGUGGCCUACAUCGAGACGCACCGCGCGUCCAUCAACCUGCGCAAGCUCUACGAGCAGGUACAGAGCAGCGGCAACGUCGUGCCAAGACUCUACCUCCUCGUCGCGGUGGGUGUCGUCUACAUGCGCAGCGACAUGAACCUCGUGCGCGAGCUGCUCAAGGAUCUGGUCGAAAUGGUCAAAGGCGUACAGCAUCCGCUGCGAGGACUCUUUCUGCGCCACUACCUCGUUGUCUCGGUCAAGGAGCUGCUUGGCGCCGUCGACGUGGCGGACGCGCUCGCGUUCCUGCUCCAGAACUGGGACGAGACCAACCGGCUGUGGAUCCGCAUGCAGUUCCAGUCCAACAUCAAGGACAAGAAGCAGCGCGAGAAGGAGCGCCAGGAGCUCAAGCUGCUCGUGGGCACGAGCCUCGUGCGCGUGAGCCAGCUCGAUGACGUCUCGAGCGCCGUGUACGCCGCCGACGUGCUGCCGCGCGUGCUCGAGAUCGUCAUCAACUGCAAGGACAAGAUUGCGCAAGUCUACCUCAUGGACUGCAUCAUCCACGUGUUUCCGGAUGAAUUCCACCUCCAGACCAUCCCCGCCUUUCUCGGCGCGCUCAAGGACCUCAACAGCCUCGUGGACAUCACGGAGCUCGUCCUCGCGCUCCUCCAGCGACUCACCAAGUACCACGAAGCCAACGCCUCCCACGGGUUUCCGGAGCAGGACGCGCUCUUCGAGGCCCUCGCAGCGUGCGCGGCGUCGGCGGUCGAGCAGCGCGAGGCGUCGCUUCCGAGCGCGUCGCUCCUCGGGCUCUACGCCGGCCUUAUGGAGUUUGUGUUUGCGUGUUUUCCGCCCCGGCCACGAAGUACGUUGCGAAACUCUUUGCCGCGGCCACCGACUUGCUCGUGCGCGUCAAAAUGUACAAAAUCACCCAACUUGCGGUCGGAUGCGGUGAUCGCCGCUGGCGAGCGUCUCGUGCUCGUGCCCAUGAACGCGCUCGGCCACCAGCUCGUGGACGACGCGGAGAUCACGCGCUGCGCCAGCGUCGUCCUGCAGUGGCUGCCAACUGUCGAUCGAAAGCGCCUCGCGAUGCGCUGGGGCAGCGUGCUCCUCCGGCGCCGCGAGACGCUCGACAGCGCGGCGUCGGUCGAGAAGGCGUACACGCUGCUCCUUCCUCUCAUCCGAGACGACGGCGACGACGGACCGCCAAGCUCGGUCGCCUCACGCGCGGCAUUCGAGAAGGAGCAGCACCUCGUGGCCAAGAUUGCGCACCUGCUCCGCCACCCUAGCGCCGACGUCCAGUUCCAGAUGUACAGCCAGGCGCGGCGGCUCCUCGGCCAGGGCGGGCUCCAACGCAUCCGGUUCACGCUCGUGCCAUUGGUGUUUCUCUCGCUCCAGCUCACGCAGCGCGUGUCCAGUGACAAGAGCGGAGUCUCGCCGCGCGAGGUGCUGCAGUUUGUGCACGAGAUGGCGACGGCGCUCGCGUCCAAAGUCGAGCUGGUCGAGACGCCCGUGUUUGUCAAUAUCUUUUUGCAGUGCGCGCUGACGGCCGACGCCUGCGGCCUCGAAGCGAUCGCGUACGAGUUUCUGACGCAGGCCUUCAUCGUCUACGAGGACCAGCUCAGCCAGUGCGCGCACCAGCUGGUCGCGCUCGAGGCGAUGCUCGGCGCGCUCCGCCAUUGCGCGCACCUGACGCCCGCGAACCUCGACACGCUCGCGACCAAGCUCACGCAGUACGCAGCCAAAGUGCUUCGGAAGAAGGACCAAUGCCGCAUGGUCGCGUCCUGCGCGCACCUCUUUUGGCGCCCGGUACAACGAUUUGACGGCGGCCACGGUGUCCGCGUCCUCGAGUGUCUCCAGCGCGCGCUCAAGAUCGCCGACGGCUGCACGUCGUCGGCGGCGCAGGUCGCGCUCUUUGUCGACAUUUUGGACGAGAUCACCAAGCAGUACCUCGUGGGGCUCAUCGCGCUCGUCAAGGAGCACCUCGAGAACAUGGAGUCGGGCCCCGAGAAGGCCGAGAUCGAAGCCCACUACCGCAACACGCUCAAGCACAUCGAGACGGUCGAGUGGUAG